CCCAGUCAUCUCUGACCUGUAUUUCGGGGUGUUUUGACUGCUGGACCACUGGCAGCAGUCGAUCGGUGAAUCUGUACUGGUGUCUCCUCAACUUCAUCUCAGAGCAUCGUUCAAGACUCUCUAAAACCUCUCACCAAACACAGUCACCCGGUUUUCCACGUGGAUUGGUGACCGCGUCCCUUGAGCUGUGCGCGCGCGCAAUGAAGAGACUGAAAUCGGGUCGCGUGACCUUGAGUGGUGGUGAUCAGCUGUUGUCCGGGUCAGCUGUUGUGUCAAGGUCAGUCCAAGGUCAGGCUGCCGAUGCCCUCGUCACUGCCCAAGGUCAAGAUCUACUAUGAGGCACCGCCUACUCGGCAUUAUCUGGCUUGUCCUACUACUAGUAUCAGGAUGCCUAGGCAACCCAGAUGCAAAGCGACUGUACGACGACCUCCUGUCCAACUACAACAAGCUGGUGCGACCAGUCGUCAACGUCUCAGACGCCCUCACCGUCAAGAUAAAGCUCAAGUUGUCGCAGCUCAUCGAUGUGAAUUUGAAGAAUCAAAUCAUGACAACGAAUCUAUGGGUGGAACAGUCGUGGUACGAUUACAAGCUGCAAUGGGACCCAAAAGAGUAUGGCGGCGUAGAGAUGCUUCAUGUACCAUCCGACCAUAUUUGGAGACCAGACAUAGUGCUUUACAACAAUGCGGACGGUAACUUUGAGGUGACCUUGGCCACUAAGGCGACCUUGAACUACACUGGACGGGUGGAGUGGAAGCCACCUGCCAUCUACAAGUCAUCUUGCGAGAUCGACGUGGAGUACUUCCCAUUCGACGAACAGACCUGUGUCAUGAAGUUCGGUUCCUGGACCUACGAUGGGUUUCAAGUUGACUUGAGGCACGUUGAUGAGGUGGAGAACUCAAACGUUGUUGAGAUCGGCGUCGACUUGACAGAAUUCUACACAUCUGUAGAAUGGGACAUCCUUGAGGUGCCAGCAGUCAGGCAUGAGAAGUUUUACACAUGCUGUGACGAGCCCUACCUGGAUAUCACGUUCAACAUCACCAUGCGUAGAAAAACACUGUUCUACACGGUCAACCUCAUCAUCCCUUGUAUGGGCAUCUCCUUUCUCACCGUGCUGGUCUUUUAUUUGCCAUCAGACAGCGGUGAAAAGGUGAGCUUAUCAAUCUCGAUCCUGCUGUCGCUGACUGUGUUCUUCCUGCUGCUGGCCGAAAUCAUCCCUCCAACCUCCCUAGUUGUGCCACAAAAAUCAAAAUUUUAUUGUUUGUCAAUGUAUGUGUGUGUAUAUGUUUGCAGUAUAUGCGUUACAGUAGUAGUGCUGAACGUUCACUUUCGUUCGCCGCAGACUCACAUAAUGGCCCCCUGGGUGAAGCGAGUUUUCAUCCACAUUCUCCCAAGGCUGCUUGUCAUGAGGCGACCGCAUUACCAGAUGGAUAAGAGAAGUUUAGCGGGCUCGUGUCACCGCAUCAUGGUUCGCACGUGCAACGGACUGGAACUGCGGGACGCGGGCGGUCUGUUCUCGUCGGGCGGACACAUCUCCUCCUCCUCCGAACUCAUCGACAAUGCAAAUGUCAAUGCUCAACACGACACUGUCUUCCCCAAUCUGGAGCAUCUCGACGACUUUACGCCACGCGAACUAGAAGCUAGCGGCCUGGGCAGUACGUGUCGAAUCCAUGGCACCCCUCCCCUGCCACCCCUCCUUUGCCACCACCACGACGACCCCCCGCUCUCGCCACCCCCCGCCCCCAACACUGCCGCCUCCGGGGGCGGAGACGAGGCACUCUGUCGGAGGCUGACACACUGGCACCACUGUCCCGAGCUGCACAAGGCUAUCGACGGCGUCAGGUUCAUAGCCGACCAUACUAAGCGAGAGGAGGACUCUACUAAGGUGAAAGAGGACUGGAAAUAUGUGGCGAUGGUGCUAGAUCGGCUGUUCCUGUGGAUCUUCACGCUGGCCGUCCUGGUGGGUACAGCUGGCAUCAUACUGCAGGCGCCCACCCUCUAUGACGACCGCAUCCCCAUCGAUGUCAGGUUGUCCGAGAUCGCUUCCACCACCGCCAAGCCACACAUCGCCACUGGUCUCUAGAGAUUCGUGAGGAGCAGUGGAUUGUGAUUUCGAAGGAAUAAAACAAAGUGGAACGAGACAUUUUUGAGGAACAAUCCAAAUUCUCAGACAAAAGUGCGUUAUACAACGAAACUGUUGAGUCGAUUCUUGCAAAGUGCUCAAUGUAUCUAACCAAUGAGUAGACUUGUCUAAUAUAUAGAACUAACCAAAUUGAACA